AUGGCUUUGAAUGGACAUCUCUAUCGUCAGAGACUCUGUUUUCUCCUCCUCAGCACCAUGGUGGGUGCUCAAGCUGUGGAGCUGAGGCUGAAGAAUGGAGGCCACCACUGUGAGGGGAGAGUGGAAGUGAAGCACCAAGGAAUAUGGGGAACAGUGCAUGGUUACAAGUGGACCUUGGAGAAUGCAGCUGUGCUGUGCAGACAGUUGGAUUGUGGAGAUGCUGUUGGUGCUCCCAGAGGGGCUCAUUUUGGAUCAGGGGUUGGGCCCAUUUGGCUUGCAUAUCUUUUUUGCAAGGGGACAGAAUCAACUCUCAAUGACUGUCGCCAUUCUUAUUUUAAAAACUAUCGUAAUUAUGGCUAUUACCAUAAGUGGGAUGCUGGAGUAGUUUGCUCAGGAUUUGUGCGUCUGGUUGGUGGGGAUGGACCCUGCUCAGGGCAAGUGGAAGUGCAUUCUGGAGGAGACUGGACUCCAGUGUCUGUUGGGAACUUCACACUUCCCACUGCCCAGGUCAUCUGUGCAGAGCUGGGGUGUGGCAAGGCUGUGUCCGUCCUGGUAGAUGUGCCCUUCAAAGUGUCAGAUGGACGAGUUUGGGCUGAAGAGUUCCGGUGUGAGGGGAAGGAGCCUGAACUCUGGUUCUGCCCCAGAGUGCCCUGUCCAGGAGGUACUUGCCACCACAGUGGGGCUGUUCACAUUGUCUGCUCAGUGUACACAGAAGUCCGGCUUGUGAAAAAUGGCACCCCUCAGUGUGAGGGACAAGUGGAGAUGAAUAUUUCUGGAAAAUGGAGAAUGCUCUGUGCUUCCCACUGGAAUAUGGCCAAUGCCAAUGUUGUCUGUCAUCAGCUUGGCUGUGGAGUUGCCACCUCUAUCCCAAAAGGAGUAUACUUUGUGGAAGGAGAUGAUCAGAUCUGGAAAGCCCAAUUUCACUGCUCAGGGGCUGAGUCCUUCUUGUGGAAUUGCCCUAUGACUGCCCUGGGCAUUCCUGACUGUACCCAUGGAAACACAGCCUCUGUGAUCUGCUCAGGAAACCAGACCCAGCUGUUGGCCCAGUGCAACGACUCUGUGUCUGAACCAGCAGGCUCUGCAGCCUCAGAGGAGAGUCCUGCCAACUGCUCAGACAGCAGACAGCUCCGCCUGGUGGAUGGGGGUGGUCCCUGUGCCGGCAGAGUGGAGAUCCUUCACCAGGGCUCCUGGGGCACCAUCUGUGAUGACAGCUGGGACCUGAACGAUGCCCACGUGGUGUGCAGACAGCUGGGCUGUGGAGAAGCCCUCAACGCCACAGUCUCUGCUCACUUCGGGGCGGGAUCAGACCCCAUCUGGCUGGAUGACCUGAACUGCACAGGAAAGGAGUCCCACGUGUGGAAUUGCCCUUCCCGGGGCUGGGGGCAGCAUGACUGCAGGCACAAGGAGGACGCAGGGGUCAUCUGCUCAGAGUUCCUGGCCCUCAGGAUGGUGAGCGAGGACCAGGAGUGUGCUGGGUGGCUGGAAGUUUUCUACAACGGGACCUGGGGCAGUGUCUGCCGCAGCCCCAUGGAAGCCAUGACCUUGUCCAUGAUCUGCAGACAGCUUGGCUGUGGGGACAGUGGCACCCUCAACUCUUCUGUUGCCUUUAGAGAAGGUUCUAGACCCCGGUGGGUAGACGGAAUCCAGUGUCGGAAAACUGAUACCUCUCUCUGGGUGUGUCCUUCUGACCCUUGGAAAUACAGUUCAUGCCUUCCAAGACAGGAAGCUUAUAUCAUGUGUACAGACAAAGAGAAGCUCCGACUGAGGGGAGGAGACACCAAGUGCUCAGGGAGAGUGGAGGUUUGGCACGAGGGCACCUGGGGCACCGUGUGUGAUGACUCCUGGAGCCUGGCAGAGGCCGAGGUGGUGUGUCAGCAGCUGGGCUGUGGCUCUGCCCUGGACGCCCUGCCGAAGGCGGCGUUUGGCCCAGGAAAUGGGAGGAUCUGGCUGGAUGAGGUGCAGUGCAGGGGCAGGGAGUCCUCCCUGUGGGCCUGUGCUGCGAAGCCCUGGGGGCAGAGCAACUGCAAGCAUGAGGAGGAUGCUGGAGUGAGGUGCUCUGGAUUUGUGCGUCUGGUUGGUGGGGAUGGACCCUGCUCAGGGCAAGUGGAAGUGCAUUCUGGAGGAGACUGGACUCCAGUGUCUGUUGGAAACUUCACACUUCCCACUGCCCAGGUCAUCUGUGCAGAGCUGGGGUGUGGCAAGGCUGUGUCCGUCCUAGUAGAUGUGCCAUUCAAAGUGUCAGAUGGACGAGUCUGGGCUGAAGAGUUCUGGUGUGAAGGGCAGGAGCCUGAGCUCUGGUUCUGCCCUAGAGUGCCCUGUCCAGGAGGCACUUGCCACCAUAGUGGGGCUGUUCACAUUGUCUGCUCAGUGUACACAGAAGUCCGGCUUGUGAAAAAUGGCACCCCUCAGUGUGAGGGACAAGUGGAGAUGAAUAUUUCUGGAAAAUGGAGAAUGCUCUGUGCUUCCCACUGGAAUAUGGCCAAUGCCAAUGUUGUCUGUCAUCAGCUUGGCUGUGGAGUUGCCACCUCUACCCCAAAAGGAGCAUACUUUGUGGAAGGAGGUGAUCAGAUCUGGAAAGCCCAAUUUCACUGCUCAGGGGCUGAAUCCUUCUUGUGGAAUUGCCCUAUGACUGCCCUGGGCAUUCCUGACUGUACCCAUGGAAACACAGCCUCUGUGAUCUGCUCAGGAAACCAGACCCAGCUGCAGGCCCAGUGCAACGACUCUGGGUCUGAACCAGCAGGCUCUGCAGCCUCAGAGGAGAGCGCUGCCAACUGCUCAGAGAGCAGACAGCUCCGCCUGGUGGAUGGGGGUGGUCCCUGUGCCGGCAGAGUGGAGAUCCUUCACCAGGGCUCCUGGGGCACCAUCUGUGAUGACAGCUGGGACCUGAACGAUGCCCACGUGGUGUGCAGACAGCUGGGCUGUGGAGAAGCCCUCAACGCCACAGUCUCUGCUCACUUCGGGGCGGGAUCAGACUCCAUUUGGCUGGACGACCUGAACUGCACAGGAAAGGAGUCCCACGUGUGGAAUUGCCCUUCCCGGGGCUGGGGGCAGCAUGACUGCAGGCACAAGGAGGACGCAGGGGUCAUCUGCUCAGAGUUCCUGGCCCUCAGGAUGGUGAGCGAGGACCAGGAGUGUGCUGGGUGGCUGGAAGUUUUCUACAACGGGACCUGGGGCAGUGUCUGCCGCAGCCCCAUGGAAGCCAUGACCUUGUCCAUGAUCUGCAGACAGCUUGGCUGUGGGGACAGUGGCACCCUCAACUCUUCUGUUGCCUUUAGAGAAGGUUCUAGACCCCGGUGGGUAGACGGAAUCCAGUGUCGGAAAACUGAUACCUCUCUCUGGGAGUGUCCUUCUGACCCUUGGAAAUACAGUUCAUGCCUUCCAAGACAGGAAGCUUACAUCAUGUGUGCAGGAAUGAGACCCAAGAGCUGUCCAACUGCUGCCCCCUGCACAGACAAAGAGAAGCUCCGACUGAGGGGAGGAGACACCAAGUGCUCAGGGAGAGUGGAGGUUUGGCACGAGGGCUCCUGGGGCACCGUGUGUGAUGACUCCUGGAGCUUGGCAGAGGCCGAGGUGGUGUGUCAGCAGCUGGGCUGUGGCUCUGCCCUGGACGCCCUGCCGAAGGCGGCGUUUGGCCUAGGAAAUGGGAGGAUCUGGCUGGAUGAGGUGCAGUGCAGGGGCAGGGAGUCCUCCCUGUGGGCCUGUGCUGCGAAGCCCUGGGGGCAGAGCAACUGCAAGCAUGAGGAGGAUGCUGGAGUGAGGUGCUCUGGUGAAAGAACAACAUUGCUCCCCACUACAGCAGGGACCAGACCAGGUGCAAAUCCAGUCUCUGCCAUCUUCUCCCUGCCUGGGAUCCUCUGCCUCAUCCUGGGGGCCCUUCUCUUCCUGGUCCUUGUCAUCCUGGUGACUCAGCUGCACAGAUGGAGAGUAGAGCGCAGAGCCUUGGCCAGUUUCGAAGAUGCUGUUGAUCAGCCUGUGUAUGAGGAGAUUGAUUCUCUUGUAACAAUGAAGAUGAAGGAUCUGCUGGGCAGCCCAGUUCCGAGGACUGAUGCCCCUAGUGAGGGUUAUGAUGAUGCUGAAGAGGUACCAGUGCCUGAGGCUCCUCCUGCCUCUCAUAUGAGUGAGGGGGAUGUGCCCCCAGAAGAGGAGAAUGGCAUGAGGGCCUCUCAGACAGGCUCUUCUCUACAGUUCCCUAGAGAGGCGGCUGAUCCUGGGAAAGGAGAAGAUAGCCCUUGGCUGCUCCAGGGGGAAGAAGGGUACCCUGGGUAUGAUGAUGUUGAGCUAAGCGCCCCUGGAAAAUCUACAGUGGCUUUCCCGUGA